AUGAACGGAGAUAAGGAUAGAGAUCUGCCAAAAAGCGAGUCCCGAGGAGGGGUCAGAGAUAGGCCGGAGAGGUGGAGGGAGCGAUUGAGGGACGACGAGGGAAAAGGGGGCACGGGAAGAGAGAGAGUAAGGGACGACGAGGGGAGGGGGAGCAGGGGUACGGAGAGAGGAUCGAGCUUCUCCGAGGAAGGUUCUGAGGAAGGUUCCAUGGACCGAAAGCGAAGGGCGGAGCAGAGGAGGGAGGAGAGGCAGGAGGGGAGGAAAGAGGGGAGGAAAGAGGGGAGGAAAGAUGAGAGGAAGGAGGAGAGGGAGGAGAGAGGUGGGGGGGAAUAUUUGAGUGAUGAGGGUCAACGGAAGAGAAAGGAGGAGAGGAGGAAGGAGAGGGGUGGCAUGGAGAAAGAGUUUUCAGACGAUUCUCCUUCCAAGGCUGCAGCAUCGUCUGCUUCUGACGACGACGAUUCACGUGGCACUGCGGAGAAAGACGAGCAGAAGAUGAUUCCAGAUCGAAGCCCCAAGCGACCCAGAACGGGCAGCAAGGCGAACGGCGCACAGAAACGUGAAGGGAAGAACUCAGAGAAGCGCGAGGGGAACAGCCCUGCCAAGGGCAAACCGGUCGCCUCAACCAAGUCCAAGGACCCUCCUGGGAGUGCAUUGCCCCCUGCAACUGCAUCGUCCCCUGUGCCUGCUGCUGGGGAUGCAUUGCCCCCUGAGCUAGCAGCGCUUGUGAAAGCUCGUCUUGCUGCUGCCAAGGCAGGCAAGCUUUGCACCUCUGCUGCCUCCUCUCCCGCCUCCCCCGCCCCUACCACUUCCUCUGCUGCUUCUGCUGCCGCGCUGCUCCCCCCUCCUGCUGCCUCUGUCAACAAAGCUAUGCAGGCAGCAGCGGCUGUAGCGGCUGCUGCUGCUGCCGCUGCUCGCAUUGGUGCCAGCAUCCAAGCAGCUGGUGGCGGUGCUAUAGCUAGCUUUUCAACGGCUACAUCCGGUGCUUCUGGUGUUACAUCUGGCAUUUCCGUGAGCAAAGGCAUUGGAGGAGCCGCAGGGAGCAACGUUGUUGGAGGGGUGGCGCUCGGAAAGUCUGGGAUGACGGCAGAGGAGAAGAGGAAGCUGCUGUGGGGCUCAAAGAAGGGGUUGAAGGGAGCCAAGGCAGCUCCAGCCACGGCAGUAGCAGCAGCAGCAGAUGCAGCAGUGGGGGUGGUGAUGUCAGAGGAAAAGCAGAGGGAGGUGCAGGAGCAGCUGGAGCGACAAUAUGUGGCUGGGCUGAGGCGCAAGGAUGGGAGGACAGUUGGUUUGGGGCUUUAA